AUGACGUCCUACGAGGAUAGUGUGACCGGACAUGCGUACAGCACAUUGCUUCGCCUCGGACUGCCGGCAUACACGAUGCACUUCAAGAGCCCGACGUAUAUGAAGGAGUCGAUGCUGGAAAGACUAGACAGGACCGUUUGUAAAGAUAUACUCAAGGCUUCAGCGCAACAACCGGAAGUCAGAGAAGGACUAGGAAUUGACGACAAUGUUUGGAAAGACAUGGUCACGUUGUUCCGCGCCGCCAUCCCUUCGCUCGAACGCCGCUCUUUCGCCGUCUGGGACCCGUCCGCCGUCGACUACGAAUCCACAUCAGGAGCUCUAAUCGCCCAAAACUACCCUGGACUGUGGAAAGAUUUGGAAAGACUUAAUGACCUGGUAUCAAUAUUGCGCAACACCUUGACAAUUGGAGAGAAGGCCCAGGACUUGGCUGCAGAGUGCACUUUCGACCAGGAGAUUUUCAGGUUGAUCAACUGCUGCGUGCGAGUCACGGCAAGAGGUUUCGAUGGUGAUGCUGGUACAGGCGACGAGGAAAAGUGGCAGUGGAUUGUGAAUGCUUACAAGAAGUUACUCAUAACCUCUCUCCAAUUUCUGAACAAUCUGGUCGCCAGGAAUGAAAGAAGGAAGCUGAUGCUGUGGGUCGCGCUGUUCGACAACUCAACCGAAGGAAUACUGGCCGAAGAUGGUGACGACACGAAUUGCCAACCUGCUCUAGGCGACAUGCCCAAACCACCUGUUUCCACUGGCGAUAUUCUGGUUGCGCUCGGCGAAACAAGCAAGGCUACUUAUGAUGCUGCCCAGGAUGCUCUGAAUGCGAAGCGAUUGCUAGCAACGAAGGACCAGAUGAAGCCUCCUUCAAGGCCUGUUUCUGGUUACGUCUUGUUUGUCAGGCAGCAUCAAGCAGAAACUAGGGAAGCGCUUGGCCCUACCGCGACCCCGGAUGAUGUCGCGAAAGCUCUUGCUGCAAGGUGGAGCGUUCUAUCGGACAAGGAAAAGACUGGCUUCAACAAGCAAUACGAUAUCCUCGCGCAGCAAUACGAAAAGGAACUGGUCGCUUAUCAUGAUGCUCGACGUUUGACCCAGGCCGAGAAAGAAAAGGUCGACAGAGCUCAUGCAAAUCAGGUCGCUGCACGCAUUGCCCAUCUCGAAGGGCAACUUGGCGACAGUAUGAGACUCGAAACCACCAAAGUUACACCUCUUGAACCUCCGGUCUACAACUCAGAUGGAGCCAUUGCCUUCCCCGACGAGAAGUCUUCCACAGGACCUAGACCCGUGGCUGAGGAUGACUAUAAGAUGAUGUUUACUGCUUCUGCAGGAGCAAAAAUCCUUGAAAGUGGAAAGUCAGAACUCAUGAAACGACUGGAGAGUCACCCUGUCCCGCCACAGCAAGCUCAGAUCGCGAGUCCCGCUUCGCCCAUUGCUUCUCCGGCCUCACCAGUAUACGACAACCGGACGGAUGAGGGCGAUGAAGGUCUAGAUGAAGAAAGUGAGGAAGAGGAAAGCGAAGACGAAGAUGAAUAUCCUGGUUCUAGCGAAGACGGACGCGGCCUCUUGACUGAUGUCCCAUUGAUCUUGGGUCCAUCCGAGAUCGAGGUGCUACCCAUGAUCGUCAUGUCUGGAAUUGUCCCACCUGGAAAAUCAGCACAAUCUGGCACAUCGACUGAAGAAACGAAUGCGAUUGUCAACAUGCAUACGGUUAGGUGCCAUUUGCUACUAGCCCAGGACAAUGGAAAGAACCUUUUGAGAGAGCUCCUAAUAUUCGUUGCUGCAUGGGACUUGCGCGAGGAAGAGCUUUAUUUCAAAUUCAUGGUUAAGAUCAUGGAAGCUAUCUUGGUAAAUGGCUUGAUGCCCUACGCAUAUCACGCCUUCCGAGACAAGUCGAGAUCGAAGGAUAUAAUAUCUCCAGCUCAAGCCGUCAUCAUGAAGCUUCUCACGAACAUCUUCAGAUCGAGAGCAGAGGCAUCCAAGACGAACCCGCAACCUAUUGAGUCCUAUCCGUUGAGAGUUGAUGUUCACAUUGUCAACUUCAUCUUUACAGAGUUCCGCCAGCAUAUCAUUCCGCAGACCUGUGCUCUCAUUUUCUUACAGGGCAAGAUACAUCAGAACCUAGCAUCGCCCGAAGACUUCCCUCUCAAUCUGUGGGAUAUGGAGCGCAUGUACGAAGGUGUAUAUCAGUAUCUUGAAUUCUUUGCAGUGCUCACCGAGGAAAGUAUAUGGAAGGAUGUGAUGGCACAGUGGGAAGUAGCGAGUGAGCUUGUCACACUGCUCAAAGAGCUGGAAGCCGCGAUACCCAAACUUGGACCCGGAGGCACAUCGCAUGGACCUAUUCCGAGACGCCCGGCUGCUCAUCAGCAGAACCAACAAUACCAGCAAAAUCAGCAACAUCAGCAGAACCAGCCGAUUCAGCCGCAUUUACCUCAGAGCAAUGGUCAACCUCAGAACAACGGACAUCAUUACCCGGUUCCGCCAAUGCAUCCGCAGCAUCAGCAGAUGCUCAAACCCCUGCCUAUCAGUGUAGAACGACCCUUCGACCUGUCACCCCUAGGCCCCGAAGGCGCCAGCAUACUCCCUCCUCUUCCCAUUCCGCCCGGCGACCCCAACACCCAACCCCCCGCCACUACAAUCUUCGAAGCCGAGACUCCCCUAGCCUACCCCGAAGACCCCCAAGACGAGCCCUCGGAUUUUGAAUGGCGCAACCUCAAAAAACUCACCGUCCUCGUCCUCUCCUCUUUAAUCUGGAAGAACCGCAAAGUGCAGGAUCAAGUUCGCGAAUACGGUGGUUUGGAAGCACUGGUUGGUUGUUGCCGUCAUGAUGAGCAUAACCCCUACAUUCGCGAACACGCCAUCAUGUGCCUCCGCUUCGCGGUCGAAAAUAACUCUCCCAACCAACUAGUCAUAAAAGACAUGGCCGGCAUGGCAGCAGCAGGAGAAACACGCAUGCCCACCUACGCCGAAAUCCCACAUGGAAAACUAACCCACCCCGACCAACUAAUCCCCUUUCAAGUCCCACCCGUUCCCCAAGAAGUUCUAGACACCAAUGGCUAUGAAACUUUUAUGGAUGGAAAAGGGCAAGUGGGGUUGAGGAGAAAGGAUGUAGGGCAGUUGAGUACAGGGCCGCAGAAACCGAGACCGCAUCCGAAAAUGACGGCGGAUCAGGCGGCGCAGCUUAUGCAGACGGCGUUGAGGGAUUUACCGUUGGGGGAGAAGAUUUUGAUGGAUAAGGAGAAGAAGGAGGCGCUUGCUAAGUUAGAUAGACAAUUUAGCUGA